ACCGACAAAUUAAGUUUCUCGAGACAGCAGGAAACGAAAACAAAUAUUUAUCCAUCAUUACUUCCGGUUUACUUUGCGCUCUACGCACUACCGUCGACACAGUGUUACCAUGGUUACAAACUAAAUAUAUUAGGAAUAUUCGAGCCUAACUUCCUUGACAGUAUCCGCCUACUGUCAACUGAAAAGUCCGGGAGUCUUUGGGCGCAGCAGAUCACCUGCAGCAGAGCGCACCGCUCCCGUCCAUGUGUUGCGCGCUCCUCACUAUUUGAAAACGGGGGAAAAAACAAAAUACUAAACUCAGUCAGUUUUACAGCCUGCUCGAAGAAAAACCAGUUAGUCCAGAAGCAUUUGUAGAUUCGACUUUAAUUAUGCAAGAUAAAGGCUUAUUUUCUAACCCCUUUUCCAGACCAGAGUGUCUGGCAGCAGCGGCGCCGGCUGGGAAAGCGAAAUUAACACACCCUGGAAAAGCGAUUUUGGCAGGUGGAAUUGCUGGUGGUAUAGAGAUCUGCAUCACCUUUCCCACAGAGUAUGUCAAAACCCAGUUACAGCUGGAUGAGAGGGCCAAUCCACCAAAAUACAGGGGAAUAGGUGACUGUGUGAAUCAGACAAUAAAGAGUCACGGUAUUCAAGGACUAUACAGAGGACUGAGCUCACUGUUGUAUGGAUCCAUCCCCAAAUCUGCAGUCAGGUUUGGGGUGUUUGAGUUUCUCAGUAACCAUGCAAAGGAUGAGUCAGGUCGACUGGACAGCACCAGAGGCCUGCUGUGUGGGCUCGGAGCCGGGGUCAUGGAGGCUGUGAUAAUUGUCUGUCCCAUGGAAACUAUCAAGGUUAAAUUCAUUCAUGACCAGAAUUUAGCAAACCCCAAAUACAAGGGCUUCUUCCAUGGAGUCAGAGAGAUUGUCAGGUCACAAGGAUUAAGAGGGACAUAUCAAGGUAUAACUGCAACGGUGCUCAAGCAAGGCUCCAACCAGGCUAUUCGCUUCUUUGUGAUGACCUCUCUCAAGAACUGGUACAAAGGUGAUAACCCCAACAAAACUAUUAAUCCCUUGGUGACUGGACUCUUUGGAGCCAUAGCAGGGGCAGCCAGUGUAUUUGGAAACACCCCACUAGAUGUUAUCAAAACAAGGAUGCAGGGUUUGGAAGCUCAUAAAUAUAGAAACACACUGGACUGUGCAGUGAAGAUCCUCAGAUAUGAAGGCUUGACAGCUUUCUACAAAGGGACAGUUCCCCGGCUCGGCCGUGUGUGUCUGGAUGUGGCCAUAGUUUUCAUCAUCUAUGAAGAGGUUGUGAAGUUCCUGAAUAUAGUCUGGCAAACAGACUGAGGUGCUGGAUAUUCAGAGAAAAUGGCAGCUUCCAACACAGAUCUAAGUUCUGCAGACCCCCUUUGUAUCAUAAGUCCGAAUUAGGUCCAAAUCACUUAUGAGGUGGGUGAGCCAAACAGCUGAACUUAGAUCGGUGUCUUUUGUUGAAAUGGAAGUGAAAGCGCACAUAAACAUAGGCUUCAAAGAAGAGGAAUAGUCUGGAAAAAUGCCCACAUUUGGACAGCUGGAGUGUAAGCAGAGCUCUUAUGCUCAGUGCCAAGAUUCCUGACAAGAUCAAGGACCAAGGGUCUUUUAGAAAGUGGGACUGUAAGGUUAGUCAAAUAACUAUGAAAAAAAAUAUUAUUUAUCCUAAAGAGAUGUCAAUAGUUUCUAAAUGUAACAGAGAUCUGAAUGCUGACUAAAGCAGCCUUUCUCAAGUUAUUUGCUUCUCUGCAACACCCUCCAGAGGAGACAUUACCGCUACCUGCUCACAGCUGUUUUGCUGAAGUUUUACUGCAAGAGUGCAGGUGUCACUGUGGAUGUUCUUGAGUUGAUGUUGCUCUCUGUCUCCUCUUGUGCCUGACAAUGUUUUAAAUCCAGAGGAGCCAGACUGCAGGUGGUUGCAGUUUACAGUCACAUAAACAGCAACGACUUCCAUAACUAGGCCUUUAAUAGAUUUUGUUUUACAUUUAUAUAAUACUAAUUAUUUUUUUAUAGCAUAGAUUCUAAUUUUUUAUUAGUAGCAACAUAGUGUAAUUUAACAUAUGAUUUAUUUCAAUCGUGCCAAAUGCCAAGCAUAUUAUAAUAUGAAAGUGAAAACAUGUAAAAGUAGCUGAUUUAUCUUUAUAAAAGAAGAGCAAAUAUUGUGACUGAUCCUGUGAUGUGAAUCAUGUUGUGAAAUAAAUGUAUGUAUUGAGAAGUGAAUGUUAAAUGGAAAUGAGAAACUAUUUACAGUUAAUCUGUGCCAAAUGUCUCACAUUUUUCUUUUAGGUGUUUUCAAGAUAUUUGGAGAUUAAUUAAUUGCUAUAUUUCACUGUGAAUGACUCAAUGUCACUAAGUAAUUUAGACAAAGUAAUGUCAGACCUCUUUCCCUCAUUAUAGAAACAGUACUGAUCAUCCUAGCCCAAGUCUCCAGCCAUCCAAUUCUCAUUUGUCCUCUGUUUACAUUAGAGGUAGAUUUCCAUCUUUGACUCACCCUCCUACACCAGUGGCUUUUGAGAAGCAUCUAAAGGAGUGAAAGAUGUAUCACAUUUCUGAUUUGUCCUCAGAAUAUCAUGCUUAGGGAUAUAAUUUCACAUUUUUAAACAUGAUAUGUAGCUGUAGAUAAGAACUUAAAUAACAACAGUGUCUUGCUGCUGAAAAAAAGGUUGGAGAUGUGUUGAAAUCAGUUCUUGGUGCUGUUCCCCUUCGGGUGCCAUGUUCCAAUCUACUCCUCACUUGUGCCUUUUGUUCUUGUUAUUCGCUGAUAAAUGCCUCGAGAGAAACCUUAAUCCUAUUUUACCUGCUUUCAAAUCAUGAUGCAAGGAAGUAAAAAUUUCUAUGGCUCACUUAUUUUGUUUUAAUAUUUCACACCUUGCCAUCAAUAGUAAUAUUAAAAACUGUCAUAAUCUAUACUAGUACUUCUAUGGUUGGGCUGUAAUCAGAAUUUAAUUACUGUAUUUAUUAAAUUAUUAUUAUUUGAUUGAGUUUUUUCCCCUGACCAAACAAAAUGCUUCUAUUCUCCACUGCAAACUAUUCCACAGAAGAUUGUACUGUGAGAGUAAAUCAGUGUAUUUCACACUGUGUAUGUGUGGCUGUUUGUGGGUCUUUAAGAUGACACUUGUAAAAAAAUGUUGCCUCUUCUCUUUGUCUGUAAGUAAUGUCAAGUCUUUUCUUUUUGGGGGGAGGGUUAAAAACUCAUUAAAAAGCAUCUUAAACCAAA